UGCCUUCAACAUUCGAAGUCUGAAAUAGCAAAUUCUCUAAACCUGGAUCUCCUUCAACUUUAGGAACCACCCCCUUAGCUAUCCAAUCAUCCAUGUAAAAGCUAGGAUCUGUCCAGGGGGACCUGUGGUCAAAUUGCCGUGGUAGCCAGCUAACACACUUCUUUCUUCCCCUCUCUCCUCUGGCUGGGGAAGUGAUUAGGACUUCUCAAGACUUGGCACCCCAGAGCUACUGGAGAUAUACUGCCUGAGAAGUUGUCCACUCUGAAAGCUCUGCUAUACAGCUGACGCAGUGCAGGGAGACCGUCAGCUAGAACUGAAGUGCUGAGAUGGCAGUCAACAGGAGCCCAACCAUGAUGGAUGGAGACCACCCGGAGCAGGAAAAUGUGCUCCAGAGAGUCCUUCAGUUGCCCGUGGUAAGUGGCACCUGUGAAUGUUUCCAAAAGACCUAUACCAGCACCAAGGAAGCCCAUCCCCUUGUGGCCUCUGUUUGUAAUGCCUAUGAGAAAGGAGUACAAGGAGCCAGCAAUCUGGCUGCAUGGAGCAUGGAGCCUGUGGUCCGACGGCUGUCAACCCAAUUCAUAGCUGCCAACGAACUAGCCUGCCGUGGAUUAGAUCAUCUCGAAGAAAAGAUUCCUGCUCUCCAAUACCCUCCAGAAAAGAUUGCCUCUGAACUGAAGGACACCAUCUCCACUAGAAUCCGAAGUGCCAGAAACAGCUUCAGUGCCCCUAUUGCCAGCACUUCAGAUAAGGUCCUGGGGGCAGCUUUGGCUGGCUGUGAACUUGCUUGGGGCAUAGCACGGGACACAGCUGAAUAUGCCUCCAGCACCCGGGUGGGUCAGCUGGCAGCUGGAGGGGCAGACUUGGCCUUAAACAAUGUUGAGAAGGUGGUGAACUGUCUGAUUCCAGCACCCAAGGAAAAUCCAGUCUCCGUCAUGGAGCACCCUAGUCCUCCUGAAGUCCAGCAGAAGCUACCAAAGCCAAAGCCAAAGCCUGGCUUCCUUCAAAGAAUUGGAACUUUAACCAACACCGUCUCCCAGCAUACCUUUCAGAUGACAGUCCAGAGCCUCCGCAUGGGCUAUGCAUUAGCCAGGUGGAUCCCAGGUGUAGCUCCAUUGAGCAGUAUGGCCCAGUGGGGUGUGUCAGCCGCCAUGCAGGUGGUAUCCAGGCCCGGAUCCACACCAAGGGGAACUUGGCAGUACAACUGGGCUCAAGAAGAGGAUGAGGAAGAGGAGGAUGAGGAAGAAGAGGAGGAAGAGGAGGAGGAAGAAGAGGAACCCGAAGUGAGGAAGGAAGAGAACAAACUAAAUAUGCCCCGGCCCAGGAACCAGAGCCUUGUGGGCAAUGUGGUUCACACUCUGCAGUCUGCUUACUUGACCACCGUCUCCACUGUCAAGUGGGUACCCUUCGCCAUCUGGAACAACACUGCUGGGAGGCUGUUCCACCUUACUUCUGGUCAGGAGACCUUUUCCAAAAGCAGGGCCAUGUCACUAUCGGACGCCCUGAAAGGUGUUACAGACAACGUGGUGGACACAGUGGUGCACUAUGUCCCGCUCCCCAGGUUGUCCCUGAUGGAGCCAGAGAGUGAGUUCCGGGACAUCGAUAACCCUCCGUGCGAGUCAGAUGGGAGUGAAGGUGCCCCCUCCCCCACCCCUGAGGUCCCAAGCAAAGCCCAGCACCGGGGGAGCCUGAGGAGUCCCCGAAAUUCCAAUGCCCUGUCCUUCCUGGGCCUGGAAGACAAGCUCUCUGCACAGCAGAAAGUGCCCGACCAGGUGCCCCAGCAUCGUGGCUCCCUCCAUCGGGGCCCCACUUUUGAGUCUGAGACACCCACUGCCCGCUCCAUGUUUUCUUCCUAUCACCGGGAGAAGCCCACCCGCCGCGUCAGUGAUAGCUUCUUCCGACCCAGUGUCAUGGAGCCCAUCUACAACCGCAUUCACUACAGCCAGCUUUACAAGAAGAACUGAUUGGGCUCAAGGUCCCUGUGGGCCAGGCCCUCCCUUGGUGCCCUCUGUUGGGCCCGUGGGUUGGCACUCGUGCCCUUUGCACCGUCGCCACUCCCAGCUUCCUCCUGCAGCCCCUAUAGAGAAGAGCAAAGCCUAGAUCCUGAGAGAACUUGGGCCUCCAGCCUCCACACUCACUAGAAACUGUUGCCCUUGGAGUGCCCUGUCCCUGCCUGCUUGCCAGAAAGAUGCCACAAGCUUUUGGACCAUCCUGAGGGCAAAACUGAGGACUUCUGGGUGUUGGAGUCACAGAAAACAGAGACAAGUGAGCCCCACGAACUUACCACACUGAGUAGCUCUCAGGAGAGUCAGAGCUGAGUAGAGAGAAGGAGACAGAGUAGGAGUAUUUGUGGGUUUGGCCCUGCCUCAUUCAUUUAAAUUGGAGUCGUGCCUCUUGGGAGCCCAUGCAGUCUUUCAGUGGUGCAGCCCUGGCCCAAACACAUUUAGAAUUUUUCCUGGGCAAAAGCCACACGAGAAGGCCAGCUUUCACCUCUCGUCUCCCUGAUAGGAACCAAGAUCACUGGCUAGAUGACUUUGGAAAUCGUGUGCUCCACCUGCCUUGCCUUGUCUUCCAGACAGGGAAAUGGAGGCCCCGGGAGGGCGAGUCCUUCCUGCCCCAGGUCACACAGGGAGGGAGUAGAGGAGUCAGGGGGUAGAUCCAGGUCAUUUGACUCCACAUCCAUGUCCCUCUUACUUUGGAUCCCCAGUUGAAUUUCUCUGAUGAAUCACCUACCAAACAGGACUCCAAACGACUUUUGGCUAUUUCCAAAAAUCAAAUCCAUCUUCAAAAGAAGAAAAGUUUGUCACCAUUGAGGUGAUUCAAGCUAAGAAGAAAAUUCCCAAAGAAUUGUUCCUAAAGAGUACUGAGCAAUGGCAGCAUGUGUUAGAAUAAAUGUCUGGGCUUUCCAAGGGACUUCUUUAAGGGAGACUAUACUCAUUUGGGUAUAUAAAAUGUAGGCUAUUGGCUUUUUUUAAAAAAAUUGGUCUCAUGACUUGCUAGGCUCAUCUUAGACAAUAACCCUUCCUUCCAUUGCCUAUGGGUUAGAGACUGUUUAUAGAUGCAUUACUUUCUCUAUUAAAACAAUACCUUCCUUCUCAGGUUUUCCAUUUGCAUUUUGAUUUGGGCUUAUCCAAGGGGCAGGGUGAUGAAAGAGAUGGCCAUUCUGUGUUUCUUUCCCCCUGUACUUCGAUUAUGCACAACCACAGCGCAUCUCAAAUCACUUUUUAUUACCUUAGUUACAUCAAUAGAAUUUGAGCCAGUACUCAUAGCACCUUCUUCCUAAGCCUCUUUGGGUUCCCCUUACAUUGACCCUCACCGAUGCCUCUUACUCAUAUGUAUAGACAUUCUUUGCUAAAUGCAAAAGUUCUACCCCAAUGCCACCCAAGAGAAUUCCCUGGUAGAAGAAUCAAUUUUAGUUUCAGAAAUUCAGAAAUUGAAUCAGUUCCUGGGAGGAGAACCUGGGUGGAAUCACUUUGUGGACUUUCAUUCACGAUUGCUGGUGCUUCCAGGACUCAGAGAUGUCCAGUUUCUGCCCACUGGUCUGGCCUAUCUCUCAUUGACUACUUUUAUUCAGUGUGCAGAGAUAGGGAGACUGUUUGUACCUGGACUGUGAAAAUCAGAGGCAGGGACAAGGAUGGUCGGACACAAUUGGAGGGAUCUUUGAGCAUCGUCUUAGUCUGAUCUUAAGAAAGAUGGAGAUUCACUAAGUAAGGAAGAAUGUAAAGUAAUCCAAACAGGGAGAGAGUAGCCUGGGCAAAGGACAACAGAACGGGAGAGAAAAUAAGGAAGGAGAAAAGGAGAGGACAAGAAGACCUGAAAUGAGGACACCUGGGCUUCUUCAAGGGCAGUUCGAAUAUGAGAGAAAAGACUUUGGGGAUGUUCUCAACCCACAGAUCCCCACUUUGUCCUCCUCCAUUGUAUGAAAGGCCCAGGCAAGGCAGAAAGGUCAAUUUAUUCUAGGAUGUCAGGAAAGGUGGAGAGCCUCUUAAAUUUUCUACUUAGGGACUAGGAUGGCUCAUAUCCAAGAAGACAGAUCCUUUUAUCAGAUCCUAGGUCUAUUCCCAACAAAGGUCUUCAGCUUGUAUUUCUCCAUAUGCCAAUUGUGUCACAGUUCAUGGAAAGAAAUAUAAACAACACACAUUCCUUUGUUCCCAGGGAACUCCUUAAAAUUACCCUUUUACUUCUAAGCCACACUGUGCUGCACCAUCUCUGUGGGAAGUCUUCAGGCUUUCUAAGCCCUCUUUACUAUGUAUUUCCUAUCCCACUCUGCUCGGGUCAGUGCCAUGGACUGUCCCGAGUAGCAGAAUUUCCCUACCUAUAACUGCUCCUAUGCCUUAACUAUUGUAGCUGUACAAUAAAACACAAUAUAAUAAA